GCCACCCGAAGUCGGGAACGGCGGGCACCCGGGGCCUGCAGCACUAGACCGAGAGGAGAAUUAGAGAAUCACCGCCCACCGUGGGGGCUGCAUCUUGGAUGCCGGAAGUCGUCCGCUGCCCGGUUGGGCGUUCCCGGCGACCCCCGCGCAACCCGCCGGCCGGAAGCGCACGCCUGACGAAGCGUGUCCCUCACGGGGUGCCGUCCGCGCCCGUGAGCGCCUGCGCGGGGUUGGCGCGGGUCUGGCCGGCAUGGCGUUCCGGCAGGCGCUGCAGCUGGCGGCCUGCGGCCUGGCUGGGGGCUCGGCUGCGGUCCUUUUCUCCGCAGUGGCGGUGGGGAAGCCCCGCGCGGGCGGGGACGCGGAGCCGCGCGUGGUCGAGCCGCCGGCGUGGGCGGGGGCCGCGCGCCCCGGGCCCGGCGUCUGGGACCCCAACUGGGACAGGCGAGAACCUCUGUCCCUGGUCAAUCUGCGGAAGAGGAACCUUGAACCCGGAGAAGAAGAGCUGGCGUCCAGGCUGGACCACUACAAAGCCAAGGCUACUAGGCACAUCUUCCUCAUCAGGCACUCCCAGUACCAUGUGGACGCCUCCCUGGAGAAGGACCGCACGCUGACUCCCCUGGGUCGUGAGCAGGCUGAGCUAACUGGUCUCCGACUUGCAAGCUUGGGGUUGAAAUUUAAUAAAAUCGUCCAUUCCUCCAUGACCCGUGCCAUAGAAACCACUGACAUCAUCAGCAAACACCUGCCAGGCGUCUGCAGGGUCAGCACAGACCUGCUCAGGGAGGGCGCCCCCAUCGAGCCUGAUCCCCCAGUGUCUCACUGGAAGCCAGAGGCUGUGCAGUAUUACGAAGAUGGCGCGAGGAUCGAGGCUGCCUUCCGGAACUACAUCCACCGGGCUGAUGCCAAGCAGCAGGAGGACAGUUAUGAGAUCUUCAUCUGCCACGCCAAUGUCAUCCGUUACAUCGUGUGCCGGGCGCUGCAGUUCCCCCCAGAAGGCUGGCUCCGUCUUUCCCUCAACAACGGCAGCAUCACCCACCUGGUGGUCCGGCCAGAUGGCCGCGUGGCGCUCAGGGCCCUCGGGGACACAGGGUUCAUGCCUCCUGACAAGAUCUCCCGCUCCUGAGGGCGGCCCCCAGGCCCUGCUCUUCUCCACAGCCCCUGCCUGGCCCGGGAACACAGGCUUCUCCGGGUCUUCCCUCUAGGGUGAGGCCUCGGCAGGCGGGAGUGGCCAUUGAGGGGGCAAGCUGGCAAGCUCCUGGCCAGGGCGGAAAAGGGAAACACUCAGAGUGUUUCUGCCUGGCUCUCGCCUACCAGCAUGAGGCUGUGGGGCUUAGGGAGGCCGGUUUGAGGGACUGGACGAGGCUGGCAGAUGCCAAGAGUCCUGGCCCUCUGGCCCCUUUGCAGGUCCUCCGCCAGGCAGGAGGAGGGCACCAGUGCUUCCGUUCUUAACUUAUUUUGCUUCAUAUGUUUUCACUUCUUAAAAUUCUUUUGUCACUGAAGUAUUUGUCAAAUAAAGAUUUUCCUCGUCUGGGUUCUUUGAAAACCAACUUCUCACUCCAUAGUUCCACACCCUGAUGCUUUUGGAUGUGAAACUCACCUGUGUCACCAGGCCUGUUUCGACACACAGGAGCACCCCAGCAGGUGACAGCAACCGUAGGUCUCAUAGGAGGGGCCAGGUAGUCGCACUGAGAGGUCCAGCUGAUGGUUUAAUCUUCGUUGGCCUCUGGCUGUUACUCUCUUAGGCUUAUGGAUUAAAAUGUUUAGAUACAAUGUGUCUGUCCAGAUUUGUUAAUUUAGGAAAAACUAUAAUUUCUAUGAAGUGGUUAUGAACAUUUUCUGCAAUCAGUGAAACUAAUUGGGAUGUCUGAUCCAUCUCUGUCAACUUUGGAAGUAACUACAAAAUAAAAUUUUAUUUUACUGUU